AUGGCAGAAAGUGGUGGGCAGGAAAAAGCAAGAUGGAUCACAACAGUUAUUAUGAGCACAGCUCUCCAGAAUCAUGAGAUUGCAGCAUCUCUUCAGAGUCAGCAUCAUAGAGUGCGAUACUCAGAUUCAGUGGAAAAUGGAUCCCUCAUUUUCUCUCUUUCUGGUAUUGCAUUUUUAUUGGCAGACACUCAAGAGUUGUUGAUGACGGAAGAUCUGUUUUUAGACAGAAUUGAGAAGUUCAUAAACAUUCAUAGGAAUAGUUUUUUGCUUUUGUUAGCUGCCCUUCAUGGACCAAAAGAAUGGGAUAUAAUGUUUAGAAUUCAGAAGAGAUUCCUGGGCAGUAAUUUACGGAUAAUUCCAGUCCAUAAUGCUUCUGAAACUGUUCGGCUCAUGCUAACUAUAGCCAAGACCACCUCUAAACCACAUGUAGACAAUAUUCGCUGCAGAAUGAUGGCAGCAAAAGCUCAGAUUAUAGAACAGAGUUCAGUUUGGAAAAUGCUUCAUCAAAUCCAGUUGGACUGCAACUAAUUUAGCAUCAUUAUUUCUAU